GUGGCUUGAAUCUGUGUUGACUAACUUGCCGCAUGGUGUUUUCGUGUCAGUUGUAAUUUUUGACGGAUCUGCCUAGGUUAUUUAUUUCACAGUAAUUUAUUAAAUACGAAUAAUGGUGUUAGAUUUAGAUCUCUUCAGGCCUGAAAAAGGCGGUGAUAUCGAGAAAAUUAGAAAAAAUCAAGCGAACAGAUUUAAAGACGUCGGGCUUGUUGAUGAAGUUGUAAAGAAAGAUACAGAAUGGAGACAGUUGCGUCAUCAGUUGGAUAACCUGAAUAAACUGAAAAAUCUGUGCAACAAAGUAAUUGGCGAGAAAAUGAAGAAAGGUGGAGUAGUAAAAGGAGGAGAUGCUAAAAAUGCAAGUAUAGAAAAAAAAGUAAAAUUACAGCAAAUGUGCAACUCAGGGCUUGGCUCCCUAAAUGACAUUCUGUCAGAAUGGAGCUACAUCUACAGUUUUAUACCAACGCAGGAUGAUGUAUACGUUUUUAAAACCUUUACUUCUCCUCCUCCAGAUUCCUUUCCUCAUCUUCAACGAUGGUAUCAUCAUAUAGCAAGCUUUGGUGAUGCUUGUAAGGCUUUUCCAACUAGAGAGGCACGUGAGAAUCAAGGUGAUAAUUGUGACCUGCCACAGGAAAUUAUUGAUGGUGUGAACAGUAUCACUAUAGAUGGUGCUAGAAAUUUGACUGUUACUCAACUUAAAAGUCUGCGUGAGAUUUACGAAAAGAAAAUCCAAGAAAAGCAGGAUGAAAUCCAGUCCACUGAAAUGAAGAGAAAUGCAGCAUUAAGGGAGGUUGGCAACAUUCUACACAGCUCAGUACACAUUAGCAACGAUGAGGAUGAGAAUCCAGUCGAUAAAGUUGUUGGGAAUUGUACUGACCGCAAGAAGUUGUCUCAUGUUGACCUAAUCUACAUGAUUGAUGGAAUGGAUGGUGAAAGAGGAGUUACAGUUUCUGGCGGAAGAGCAUAUUUUCUCAAGGGGCCAGCAGUAUUCAUGCAGCAUGGUCUGGUGCAGUUAUCACUUCACAUGUUGUACAGCCGUGGCUAUAAACCAUUGUACACUCCAUUCUUCAUGCGGAAAGAGGUUAUGGAGCAGGUAGCCCAACUUUCGCAAUUUGAUGAAGAACUCUACAAGGUGACAGGAAAGGGUUCAGAUGAGAAAUACUUGAUAGCAACAUCAGAGCAACCCAUUGCUGCUUUCCAUCGGGAUGAAUGGAUUGGUGAACAGGAGCUGCCCAUACGCUAUGCAGGCCUGUCUACUUGCUUUCGGCAGGAGGUUGGAGCUCAUGGGAGGGACACGCGUGGUAUCUUCAGGGUGCACCAGUUUGAGAAGGUAGAGCAAUUUUGCCUCACUUCUCCUUACGACAACAAAUCAUGGGAAAUGAUGGAAGAAAUGUUAGGAAAUGCUGAGGAGUUCUGCAAAAAACUCGAAAUUCCAUAUAGAGUAGUAAAUAUCGUGUCUGGUGCUUUGAACCAUGCAGCUGCCAAGAAAUGGGAUAUUGAAGCUUGGUUCCCUGGUUCUGGUGCCUUCCGUGAACUUGUCUCAUGCAGCAAUUGCCUUGAUUAUCAGGCAAGAAGGUUGCUUGUUCGAUAUGGUAAAACAAAAAAGAUGAACACUGCUAUUCCAUUUGUACACAUGCUUAAUGCAACAAUGUGUGCUACUACUAGAGUCAUUUGUGCCUUGUUGGAAGUCCACCAGACAGAUGAUGGCAUUAAAGUUCCUGCUGCACUGAAGCCUUACAUGCCUCCAGAAUAUCAAGAACUGAUUCCAUUUGUGAAAAAGGCGCCAGCAGUUCCAGCGAAGGAAUCUUAGCGUGGUUCAGCAGUUUAGAAUAUAAAGUUGGUGUGAACUGGAAAAAAGAUUAUCAGCUUCUCAUCUCAGUGCAACAUCGGUGAUCUGAAAGACACAUCAUUCUAUUGCAUAGCUGAUCUAGUACAAUUUGCCAUCAAUAAAGAGACUGUCAUAUUUUAUCAUAAGUCCCACGAUUACUGAUUUGUAUGAGAAAAUAAAUUGAAAUGAUUUUUUAAAAAAAUCUCUCACCGAA